GCAGGCGCCAGACACGCCCGUCGCUUCCUCCCGUCAAAAAGAGCCUCUCCGGUGCUCCACUGAACGCACACACACACUCUCCGAGCAUGCCACCCAAGUGCGAGGAGGCCCGACGGACUGCCUAACACCUGCUGUUCCAACUGAGUAGGAGCUGGCAACAAAAGACCAAAUGCCAUGGACGUAUUCAAUUUCACCUACUGGAAUGCCUCCGAAGGCAACGGCACAGAAGCCGUGGAAGAGUACGGAAGGCCCUACAAGACCGUGGAGGUGGUGUUCAUCGUGUUGGUGGCUGGUUCCCUCAGUCUGGUUACAGUCAUUGGAAAUAUCCUGGUCAUGCUUUCCAUCAAAGUCAACAGGAACUUACAGACGGUCAACAACUAUUUCCUGUUCAGCCUCGCGUGCGCUGACCUGAUUAUCGGACUGUGCUCUAUGAACUUGUACACGGUCUACAUAGUGAUGGGGUACUGGCCCCUGGGCCCGGUGGUGUGUGACUUGUGGUUAGCCCUGGACUAUGUCGUCAGCAAUGCGUCCGUCAUGAAUCUUCUCAUCAUAAGCUUUGACAGAUAUUUCUGUGUCACCAAGCCCCUCAGCUACCCAGUCAAAAGGACCACGAAGAUGGCGGGAAUGAUGAUUGCAGCAGCCUGGGUCCUGUCUUUUAUCCUCUGGGCGCCAGCCAUUCUCUUCUGGCAGUUCAUCGUUGGUGGGCGGACGGUGCCUGAGAGAGAGUGCUACAUCCAGUUCUUCUCCAACGCCGCUGUCACUUUUGGCACCGCCAUCGCCGCCUUUUACCUGCCUGUCAUCAUCAUGAUUCAGCUCUACUGGCAGAUCUCCAGAGCGAGCAAGAGUCGCGUGAAGAAGGACACCCGCAAGCCGUCCGGGGCCAAUCCGGAGCCCCUGUCGCCCGGCCAGAGGGGGAACAACGCGCCGAAACCCAACAAUAACAACGUGCCGGGGGAAGACGCGGCGCGUUUGGCGAGCCAGAGCGCCGACGACGGAGCCAGCCAGCAGGACGGAAAACUGCAAAACGGCAAGGGCCCUUCCUCGACCACCGCUGAGGGAGAGACCGAAGGAGACGACGCGGCGAGGGAGAACUGCGCCCCCGCGGGGGAGAAGGAGAGCUCCAACGACUCAACGUCUGGCAGCGUGGCGGCAUCCAACCAGAGGGACGAGGAGGCGGCGCCGUCGACCGCCGACGCCGGCGCCGAGACGCGCCAGCCGCUGCCGCGGCAACGGGCCAAGGCGGGCGGCUCCAAGCUGACCUGCAUCAAGAUCAAAACCAAAUCGCCCAAGGGCGACUUCUACACGCCGUCCAACGCCACCGUCGAGAUCGUGCCGGCCUCCGAGCGGCAGAAUCACGUGGCCCGGAAGAUCGUGAAGAUGACGAAGCAAGCUCCCAACAAGAAGAAGAAAGCGCCACCAUCACGGGAGAAAAAAGUCACCCGCACCAUUAUGGCCAUCCUGGUAGCUUUUGUUGCCACUUGGACUCCGUAUAACGUGAUGGUGCUUAUUAACACCUUCUGCUCCAGCUGCAUCCCCAACCCAGUGUGGACUAUUGGAUACUGGCUGUGCUACAUCAACAGCACCAUCAACCCGGCCUGCUACGCUCUGUGCAACGUCACUUUCAAAAAGACAUUCAAGCAUCUUCUCCUCUGCCAAUAUAAAAAUAGUAGGUCAGCCAGAUAAAUAUGGGCCACUUAGGAGGGAGACGUGUGCGUUUCUGUCUGUGUGUGUGUGUGUGUUUUUGUGUGUUGUGAAAGAGGUCCGUGAGCAAGACUGCAAGGGUACAUGUGAAAUUACUUUCCAUCAUUUUAUUCCUUUUGUUUUUUUUCCGAUUUCUCUCUCAAUAACCGGUUGUAGCACUUCACGCAAAUUGCUUUACACCAGUUGCUUUGAGACGCGUCGUGCGAAAGCGGCAAAGAUUGCGCGGUUUGGUGAAAGCUGAGCUCCGAGCUCAAGUAAGUGGGGAGCACUUAGGAGGGACGCCGAGCUGAUUUGCAGAGAUAAAGAGCAGUGGAAGAUUUCAAAUGGGAAAAUAGGGCUGACUGAAUUUCCAAACUUGAAUCUGUUUGAAGUUCGGCGGAGAUACGUGUAGAUAACUGUACAUAUCUGUGUAUACUCAGUGUUAAUGUGCACAUGUGGGUGCUCGCUGGCUCGGAGUACGUGUCCACGCCCUCUGCUCGUCUUCUUUCUGCCCGUCGGUGACCCCCAUCAUGCCACUUCCAACCAGCAAGUUCCCUUAGAGACAUGAUAUAUGUAUCAAAAUAUUAAAGUUAACUUCUACACUAAUCUAAUUUUCUCAAUUACCACCAUUUCUGGUGUUUAGAAUGCCUUUAUUUGCUCAAGUAUAUUCUCAUUUCUGCUGGUACCCUUUUUUUUACUCAUAGCAUUGAAUUAAUAUUUUUAAAAAUCAAAAGCAGUGUGUCUCUAUAGCGACAAUUUCUGGACUAGCCAAUGGAGGGAAUGUUCGUUAGAAACAAUGAAGAAAUAUUCCCAAUUACAUUAUUUUUCUUUUAUAGACUUUUUAGACAUAUUCCGAUACACUAAACUACUAUUCUGGAUCCUCCGUGAAGGAAACUCUUAAUAUCUUGAUAGAGAGUUACAUUAGCUUAGCAUAAAGACUGGCAGCCGGUGGAUAAAGCUAAUCCGCCUGUGUCUACAAAGCAAAUCAGUGUAGCAGCAGCUCUAAGACUCACACGCGGUUUUAUAUCUCAUUUGUUCUAUUUGCAAAAUAACCCACAUUCAGAAGGUUUACGUGUGGGACUAUAUUUGGUCUUUUGGCAGGGAACAGAAAUAUGUCGUUUUGUCUUCACCGUGAGGAAAUCACUGCCCUCGGCCAGGAAACGGUCCCUCACGUUUGACCCGUUUGGACUGCAACCAUGUCAUGCGUCAUCAUGGAGAAUAAGCAAACAGCUGCGAGAACAACAGCGAGAGUUAUGACUCGAUAGUAAUGGAGCGUAAGAUUGUUCAGUCACACUCUUUGAUUCGCCCGCCGAUCAAACGCCGCUUACACCACGUCCGAUGUUUAUUUCACGGCGGUUUAUUGAGAUGUUUCCUCUCCCUGGUAGGAAGUUCCUACCCGGCGAGUGAAGCGCUGGAGCUCAGAACUGUGGCUUAUUACGGUCUGUCUGUAGGAAGUCAUUGUGUGUGUGUGUGUGUGUGUGUGUAAGAGACGUUGUGUGAUUGCGCUGAUUAGUAGAUUGAUGUCACAGUGUGUACUGUACUCACUGUACUGAUGAGGAUUGGGAAGAUCUGUUUGUGUGUGUGUAGGAUGUGGGUGUGCUUGUGAGGGUAUAAACGCGAAUGUGUGUUUGCUCCAAGUGUGGAGUUUACUUCUGAUCACAAGUCACGACCUUGUGACUCAAAUAAGGGCUAUUUUCACGUCUUAACGUUACGUGUUUGUUCAAACCAUCGCCAUCUUUUAUUCUGAAUCUUAACAGGGGCACGUUAAUUCUGUCUCAAUCAUUAUAAUUUGAGAUCAGAAAUAAUAAAUACUCCUGUCUUAAUAUAAUUAAGAAAGAAUCUAAAUUUACUUUUAGACGUGUUCCGUGUAUCCACGCGUGUCAUCCAUCAUUUCAACCCAUUAGUCAAAUCUUGGUCGCAUUACUGUGUGCUCACCAGUCGCAGUGAUGAAUAUUCAGGAGCAUUUCUCAUCUGCAGGUUGCCACAGGGGCCGGUGGGGCGGCGGGGGGGGGGGGGGGGGCUUUGCAAAGAACGGCUCGGCGAGGCUGUCGCCUAAAACAGAAAUCUGGGACAGAGAACUCACCGUGAGGCUGAUCAGAUUAUGGCACGAUGUGGAACACCUACAUUUGAGAUUAAAGAUGGCCCAUUACACGCUCGGCUUGUGCUCGCGUGUUAGGCGCCCCACUUAGUGCUCCACAUCCUGUAACAUAGCUCAUGAAUGCAAUGUAAAUAUCACAUAUAUUCCCAUUAGCCUGUUCUAACGUUUAUAUUUUAUAGCAAAAAGCUGUGUUAAACAUACAUGCUGGAGAUGCAACCGUAUCCAAACUCUCAUGCUGCAUCUCCAGCAUGCAGCUCAAACCCUUAAUUCCCAUAUUGAAAUUAUAGUUGCAAAAUCACAAUGUAGCAACACCAUAAUAACUAAAAUACCCUGUAUUCAAAAUCCACUCAUUUUACACGUUAAAGUCAUUCUGCAAGUGUUUUUUUCUCCAAAUAACACUCAAGAGCCAGGGUGUAGCAUUUAGCGGGAUCUAUUGUCAGAUUUGUAAUACCAUUUUAAAAGGGUUUGCGUGAGUGUAGAAUCCCCUGAAAAUAACAGUCGUUGUGUUUGUGUGGACAAACCAGACUCUGGAUCUAAAGAGCGCCCAUCACCUUGUUUUUCGGGUCUCUACUCUCCAGCCCCCCUGCUGUCGGCCCGCGUUUAUCUCUCCGAUAAGGUGUUUCAGCGGGAACCGAGGCAUCCAUCCAAGUCCGGCAUCCAACCAUCCGUCAGGGUGACAAGUGGAGCCGCGUCUGCCUGACAUCCGUCACGCGUCUCCGUGGUGGGCAGAGAGCCUUCCAGAACAUCUGAUUAAUCUCUGCUAAGCUGUCGUUUGAGCGGAACCAGCAGGAGACUAAGUGGCUCCAGCGGUGGUCCAGGGGUCCCGGUUUGAGCAGCUGCUCAGGUGUUUGAUGGAAGGCGAUGGCAGUUUAUCGCCUCCUGGAGCGAGGGGGGAGAGAGGGGGAGGGAAUAUGUUCUCGUAUCAGGUGUGAGAGGAUGUCGCCCCCGUGACAGGACAAGACAGCGUCGUUUGGUGGCCAACGUGAGGGAGAUAGACCUUCGUAGUCACGGCUACGAGGCAGGUGGGGGGUGGAGUGGGGGGGUGUCGAGUGGGAGGAAUAGUUGGAAGGGUUGGGGACAAAAUCCAAAGCAGAGCAGGGCCGCGCUGCACGUGGACCAUGUUUGGAGAAGCCACAGCCGUCGGCGGCAGGUCAGCCAAAGGUUCCCGCUGCAGGAAUCCGAGUGUCCCAGACAAAAAUCCGCCGCCUGGCGUAAACACGGCGCGAUACGCCGCUGUUUACCGUCCGGCCCCCUCCCCCCCGCCCGCGCCUUUUCAUUGCAUCCCAUUCUCUGUGUGUUGUGCAAACAGAACCCGCCACGUGUCCACCUUCCCGCUCACCACGUACGGAACAGGGGGGGUGGGGGGGGGGACGUUUCUGGUGUUCAUCCGUCUCUGUUGUGGUCGACGGGUCAUAAUGUGCCGUCAGAGCCAGCUGGGCUCCUCUUCACACGGCUGAUGUCAAAGGGCUAAACCUCCUUUCCGAGGAGGACACAUGACUUCAAAUCGAAAGGUUUUUUCUGGCUCGGCGUUCGGGGCGCUGAGAAUAACCUUGCGCAGCCACGCUGAAGUGAGCAAGGGGAGUUUAAUGGGAGAAGGAAAAUUAUAUAUCGCCAGAUUGUACGGAGCAACUUCAAGUGCCUUAUCCAGAGAAACAUGAGCAAAUUGCUCCUUUAUCCUAAAAACCCAAUGUUGUGUGUUCAGCGUGUCUGUGGGGAAAGUUGUCGAUGGCCUCGCAGCGGGAUGCACACCGAAGAGCGUGUUCGCUCUUCUGGGGGAGGAUGUCGUGCGUCUCAGCUCUGAGCUCCCAGCGGUGUCAUUUGCAUCUCAUCAGCCGUGUGAUUGCAGAGGCAAAGGAAGUUUGGACUGAACAAUCAAAAACCAUCAUCUUAAUAAUUCAUUUUCUUUAAAAAACUUUAAAAAAAACGUAGAGUAUACAGACACAAGUGUGACUUAUUUCUAUACAUCCCGGCUAUUUUGGUUGAUUUUAUUUUCGGUGUGUGUGUGUUUCCUGUGUGUGUGUUUGUGUGCGUGUGUGCAUGCGGCUUGCUGUGCGGUGUUUUCUGUUUUUUCUCCGCUUGAGGACAUCAGCUUGGAUAAGAUCACGACACACAUCAGGGUAGAUGCACAAUGUGUGGUUGUCUAUCCGUGUCAUCACUCCUUCCUCUUUGAAACGAGUCGACAGGCUUCCAAAGACUCACUUAAAACACAUCUUUUGCCGGAACUCGCAUAAAUACAUUAUAUUGCACAUUUGUUGAAGCCGUUUCUUUAAUCACUGUACAAAGUACAAAUGUAAUAUAGACUUAAAUAUUAGCAGCUUACAGCCAGUGAGUUUCUUUUUGUUUCAAAAUGUAAUAACUAUAAAGAUGUUAAUAGUGUGGGUGUUUCAAAUAGAUUGUAAGAGUAAUGAACAUAUGUGCAUUUUGGGGAAAAAACGAGCGACUGGAUCCAAACUUUCGGAGCAUCAUUGAAGGUGAUUUCGAGACUUUUACAGCCAGCGAGUGCGGUUGGAAACCCGGACAGGAGCUAAGACUAGUUUCCACAGGCCCAGCGGCGAGGGCUGAAAUUCGAUUUCACCUGUAAACGUGUGAGGCCUCACGCCCGGCUUGAGUCUCACUCGACACACUUUAUAACUUUUGCAAUUUUAUCAUCCCUUUUCUUUACUUCUCUUCUCGUGGAGCAACAAACGUGUCGAGGGCUUGAGCUGUUUGACCCCUUCUAAGCUUCAAGGGUCACGGACACGUGGAUCUAAAACAAAAAAUGGGCAACAAAAAAAAAAAAAAGGAAAAAGUGAAAUCAGUAGCUUGCAGCAAGUGUUAGAUGUACAUACGAGUAUUGGUUUUUCAUUUGCCUCUAUCUAUGUAGAUGUUCACUGCGUAUUCACUCACUGUGGCUUGUGGCUUCUCUUGCUAUAGGACAUUUUUCUUACAGUCUGUUGUUUGCAUUGUAUAUAUCUAUAUUAUAAUAAAGUAUAUGUAAUUCGGAUGCGGUACAUUUGUAAUUUACACACGUCUUUAAUAGCUACUCUCUGAAUGUUUCCUCCGACCCCGAAUCCCUCAGUUAUUCUCCCCCCUUCCCUUCUCUUCCCCACUAUGAUACUUUCUGUACAGUAACAAUGGUAUUGAUUUCCUCUUUGGUGCAUUCUUGAUUGAUUAUUUGUUCUGGACAAAGAAUCUGAGUGUUAUUAUCGCCGGCCACCUUUGACACUGUAAGAAGAACUGCUUUCCGUGGUUACAUUGUGCCGUUUUCUCUCAGAAUGGAAUUCAAAUAAAGAUUUAUGAAAUGUGUUAUAA